AUGCCAGACUCUGUCAAUUUUACAGAAAUUGCCCCACUGGCACUGCUCAAUGCCACGUGCUUCAUUGGCCUGAUGUUCUCACCUCCUUUUUGCUUUGAGACGUGCACCGAACACAUCAAGAACUGCUUGCGCCCACUGCAAAUUCCUGUCUUCUCUGUUGCUGCUGCAAGUAGGAAGUGGGAAGCGCAUCGAAUUUGUGUUGCAGCGCAAGCCAUGCUCUGCGUUGCCUAUGGAAGUAUGUUGCACAUCCAUUUGUGCCUGGUAACAUUUCAAUGGUUGCGUGUUCAAUGGGUUGUUCAUGAGGCAUGGGCAUGUCUGCUGCCCACGUAUCAUGCUGCGAUGCUGUCGUCAUGA